AUGAAAGACGGGCCACACAGGGCUCCUGCGUCACCCGCCGGCUCGACUGUCGUGGCCCAGCUAUAUGUGUGCGUGUGGCAAACUCUGAGACUUGAGGACUUUUCAGAUGGAGAGGAGAGUCGUGGCAAGGCGCAGCUCAAGGAAGAAGAAGAAGAAGAAGAAGAAGAAGAAGAAGAAGAAGAAGAAGAAGAAGAAGAAGAAGAAGAAGAAGAAGAAGAAGAAGAAGAAGAAGAAGAAGAAGAAGAAGAAGAAGAAGAAGAAGAAGAAGAAGAAGAAGAAGAAGAAGAAGAAGAAGAAGAAGAAGAAGAAGAAGAAGAAGAAGAAGAAGAAGAAGAAGAAGAAGAAGAAGAAGAAGAAGAAGAAGAAGAAGAAGAAGAAGAAGAAGAAGAAGAAGAAGAAGAAGAAGAAGAAGAAGAAGAAGAAGAAGAAGAAGAAGAAGAAGAAGAAGAAGAAGAAGAAGAAGAAGAAGAAGAAGAAGAAGAAGAAGAAGAAGAAGAAGAAGAAGAAGAAGAAGAAGAAGAAGAAGAAGAAGAAGAAGAAGAAGAAGAAGAAGAAGAAGAAGAAGAAGAAGAAGAAGAAGAAGAAGAAGAAGAAGAAGAAGAAGAAGAAGAAGAAGAAGAAGAAGAAGAAGAAGAAGAAGAAGAAGAAGAAGAAGAAGAAGAAGAAGAAGAAGAAGAAGAAGAAGAAGAAGAAGAAGAAGAAGAAGAAGAAGAAGAAGAAGAAGAAGAAGAAGAAGAAGAAGAAGAAGAAGAAGAAGAAGAAGAAGAAGAAGAAGAAGAACUCAUCCCCGUGGCCUCUGAGAAGAGUUCCCAUGAGGCCACAGCGUUUAAGAACAUGGGCUCUGGAUAG